AAAAAAAAAAAAAAGGGCACAGUACAAACAAGGCCAACUGAAGCAACUCCUUAAACUGCCAAACCUCAAAAGUACAGCACUUGACUUGACUUUACUUCUUGCGGCGGCUCACAAUCCGCAAUUUCCGCCGCUUUUCCCUCUCUUCUCUCAACAUGAACGAGGAAGACAUUCAUUUCUUUUUUCCCCAAAAAGGGUCGACGGUGGGAUUUCUCCGGCAAAUUCCAAUCAUCUGGUCGUGAGGAGGCUUACGGACUAUUGAAUACAAUUUAAUCCCAACCCAAGGAUCUCAUCUCAUCAUCCCUUGGGUAAAAUAAGACCCACGCCGAACGAACCACACAAUUUCUUUUCUCCGCUUCUCCUCAUCAUCAACUUUUCUUCACUGUUACUCGGGAAUUUGCUUCUUUCCAGGAAGGUUAUUGUUAUUAUUAUUAUUAUUAUUAUUAUUAUUAUUGCUAUCAUCAUAACCAUCAUUAUUACCUUCGACCCAGCCUUUCCAGCCUCCUCUGUCACUCUCUUUAGCCAAAUUUCAUUCUCCCCGGAGAUGUGGUCCUCCUUCCUUCGUAUCUUACGCAUUCGGUGACCAUGGAGCCGUUCUAUUCUCAAGAAUUGACAAUCACCUCUCCGUCGAAUCCUUUAGUGACAAGUCUUGAAUGAUCGUGACUGGCCUUGAAUUGUUACGCAGCGCGGUUCCCCCGGAGUUUACACGAGGCUGCUGGGUUGUGGCCGCGGUCACCCAUCAUGGAAGACCGCAGACCCGAAGUGUUGGUCGUAUCCAUUGUCUUCUUCGUCAUCGCCUCCGUCUUUGUGGCCCUACGGUUCGUCUCGAGGGUUUUCAUCGUUAAAAGAGUCGGGCUACAUGACUAUUUGAUGUUGUUGGCAUGGGUCAUCGAUUUCGGUUUCUCAUUCUCCCUAUUCUAUGCCACCAGCAAAGGCCUUGGCCUCCAUGAUGACGACAUAGCCCUCAAGGACCGGUACAGCCUCAAUCGAGCCAAUUAUGCAUUUACGGUGCUAUAUAACCCUGCGUUGAUGGCCGUCAAAACCUCCAUUCUCGUCUUCUACCUUACUUUAACCCAAGGAGAAAAGGUUUUUCGUUGCGCCAAUUAUGUGACCCUAUUCGUCGUCAAUGCCGCCGGACUAGCACUCACCCUUGUCAACGUCUUCCAAUGUCGUCCCGUUGGGGCGGCCUUUUCCUAUCCCAUGGCCCCGGGUGCUCACUGUACCGAUAUCCUUACUCUAUACCUCUCAUCCUCUCCGGUGAACAUCAUUACGGAUUUGGCCAUCCUUUUUUUGCCAAACCCUAUUUUAACUCAGAUGCGUCUUCCUCGAAAACAGAAAAUUAUUCUUGUGAUUACCUUUAGUUUCGGUUUCUUCGUCGCCGUAGUCGAUGUCAUCCGCAUUGCCUACCUACAAAAUGCGGCCACAUCGCGUCAGAUAUUGCUAAAAGAGAUACACCUGCAAGAUUCGGGCGGUGAUGACCUUAAUUGGUAUGCAUCUCUUUCGUUUAUGUGGUCGGUAGUCGAGGUCAAUGUGUCGGUGAUGUGCGCCUGUGUACCGAGUCUCAAACCGCUGGUAGCACGAAUCAUCCCCAAGAUGAUCCGGGACACAGAUGACAGCACGACCGUGCCUGACGCUCCCACGGUUGGUCCUCUGGAUAUUCCCGAGAUUGCCGAACCUGCGCCUCCUCCCACUGCACAAGCUCCAGGAAUGCGACGACGCUCACAAUCCACCAACAAUAAUAAGCCUUCUCGAUCAGGUAGUGGUAGCAGUGCCAGCCGGAGAGAUGUGGACGACCCGAUAGACAUGAGGGAGUUCCUUACGGCCGGCAAUCCACCCCCUCUAGAUGCAGAAGCGAAUACCACCAUCACAACCACCUCCUAUCCACCGAGCAUCACCUUUUUCGACUUUGUCAACAUGAAGAAACCGGCGAAUAUGUUGAAGUUAAGUAAUAAGGAGUCCAUUGCUCCUAUUUCUCUGACCACCAUCCUGUUUUUCAUGUGGGGAUUCGCAUACGGCUUGCUUGAUAUUCUCAACAAUCAAUUCCAGGAGAUUGUUCGAUUAGAUGCUUGGCGAUCAUUGGGCCUGAACGUUGUUUACUUCGGAGGUUAUUUUAUGGGUCCUCCGUUGGUGGGCCGCACCGUGUUGAAACAUUGGGGUUUCAAGUCAACUUUCAUCACAGGCCUGUGUAUAUACGCUUGCGGCACUUUGAUCUUCUGGCCCUCGGCCGUUCUGACCUCGUACUCCGCAUUCAUCAUCUCGAACUUCAUCGUCGGCUUCGGGCUAGCCGUGCUAGAGACCGCUGCCAAUCCGUUCAUAGCGCUGUGCGGGCCCCUCGAGAACUCGGAGAUCCGAUUGAAUAUCUCGCAGGGUGUCCAAGCGGUUGGUAGUGUAGUUUCGCCGCUUUUGGCGAAAAAGGUCUUGUUCAAAAAGGUGACCGACGUUUCCUCCCUGGUUGAUGUCCAAUGGACCUACCUUGGCAUUGCGUUGUUUGAUGUACUCCUAGCGGUGGCCUUCUAUUAUCUACCCAUCCCGGAGGCGUCGGAUGAGGAUCUGCAGGAGCUAGCGAACCGUCGCCGGAGUGAUAAUAUGACCAAGGUGGCCGGAAUUCCGGUGGUCUGGCUAACCCUAGGAUUAGGCGUGUUUUCGCAAUUUUUCUAUGUUGCCGGACAGGAGGUAAUUUCGCAAAGCUUCUACGCCUUCGUCGAAAAUGCCUACCCUAGUUCUCGGUUGAGUUCUUUUGACUUCCUGACCAUCGCUCACGCUGUCUUUGCGGUGGGUCGUUUCCUUGCCGCCUUUUUGCAGCUGUUUCUAAAACCACGUUGGAUUUUGCUUCUGUCGUACAUCGGAAUGAUUGUAUUCUCCGUAUUGUGCAUGAAAACAACGGGAGUCGCGGCGGUUGCCAUGGGUCUCAUGGUCUACCUUUUCGAAAGUGGCGCGUUCAGCAUUAUAUUCGCCAUCUCCCUCCGCGGCACCGGUAAGCAUACAAAGACUGCCGCAACGCUUCUGACGACAGCAAUUAGCGGAGGUUGCUGUUUUCCGUUCGCACAACAUGCAGCCCAGCUCGCUGGGGGCGUAUCGUUCUCUUAUAGCGUCCUCGUUGCUGUCUUUGCUGCCGGCGCCAUCUUCCCGGUGUACUUGAACUUGGUACCUGCAGCAAAGAAACAAGUUGACCCCGUACCAAAUGAACACCUCCGCCGCCCACGUCGUCAUCGCCCUAGACAGAAUGUCGUCCAGCGAGAAAAGGAAAACCCUUCCGUGGGAGGGGUAUAUUCAAGACGGCGCAGCGUCUUGUCUGACCUACUACCUGCGGUCACCCUUUCUGACCAAUCCUCAUCUCAGCCUGACCUUCCUAAUCAUGGGCACCGCCGUCCGUCAGCUCACGGCGGCAUCCAGCAUGACUUGGCCCCUUGGCCUGAAUCGUAAUGUCUAUGCCGGUUGCUACUGCAUUUUUCUUUGGGAUAUUUCUUUUAUAAUGAUACCCUACUGUACGAUAUUAUCACUUAGUUUCCCGGGAUAGCGAGGCGUUGAGGGAAAAAGUUUCUAGGCAUAUUAUUUAGCGUGCCUCUUGGAUUAGACCAGCGCACUGCAUACAUGCAUUAGAUAGCAGAACCGAAAUUCGGGGUAAUACUUGGAUAUUUGUAUAUACUGUGGACACGCUUCUUUACCUAUUGAGGAAUAG